GAUAGCUCGGCGCUCGGCCUCGUGACUGCCUGCCGCUCGGUGAUGGCGACUCCGCGGGCGGAGGCACGUGGCCUCUUCCGAAAAGGGGUCGAGGCUGUCCUGGGCAGCUGGCCUGCUCUGCAGGUAGGAUGCCUUCGCCGCAGGCAGGGAGCGGGGAGAGGAGCGGGAGGCGGAGGCUGGCAGCAAAAGAGGCCGCGUGGAGGGCGAGCAUGUGCAAAGUGCAUUUCCUUCCUGUAGCCGCAGGUGCAGAGAAUGCGGAGUUGGCUGAAGAACAUAAGAAGAGCCGCCCUGGAUCAGGCGGGUGGCGCAUCUCCUCCAGCAUCCUGCUGUCAUACAAGCAGGACAUGAGCAAAGCAAUAAUAAUAAUAAUAAUAAUAAUAAUUUUAUUUACACCCUCCCCUCCCCAGCCAAGACCGGGCUCAGGGCGGCUAACACCCGAUAUAAAAAAUAAAAAUAAAAAUUGAAAUACAACUUCAAAAAAAGAUUAAAAUACAACAUUAAAAGAAGAAGAGUUUGGCUUAGAUAUCUUGCUGUAUCAUUACCCUAAGGAGUCUCAAAGGGACGAGGGUGGCGCUGUGGGUUAAACCACAGAGCCUAGGACUUGCCGAUCAGAAGGUUGGUGGUUCGAAUCCCUGCGACGGGGUGAGCUCCCGUUGCUCGGUCCCUGCUCCUGCCAAAAUAGCAGUUCAAAAGCACGUCAAAGUGCAAGUAGAUAAAUAGGUACUGCUCUGGUGGGAAGGUAAACGGUGUUUCUGUGCGCUGCUCUGGUUCGCCAGAAGCGGCUUAGUCAUGCUGGCCACAUGACCCAGAAGCUGUACGCCAGCUCCGUUGGCCAGUAAAGUGAGAUGAGCGCCGCAACCCCAGAGUCGGCCACGACUGGACCUAAUGGUCAGGGGUACCUUUACCUUUAAGGAGUCUCAAAGCGGCUCACAUUCUCCUUUCCCUUCCUCUCCCACAACAAAGACUCUGUGAGGUGAGUGAGGCUGAGAGACUUCAGAGAAGUGUGACUAGCCCAGGGUCACCCAGCAGCUGCAUGUGGAGGAGCGGGGAAGCAAACCCGGUUCACCAGAUGACGAGUCCACCGCUCUUAACCACUCCACCAGACUGCAGCCUCAUUUCAGUGGAAACUCAAAUCAAAAACUUUUUGGGGGAUGAAAACAUCAAGUCUUCACCAAGGCUAACUAUCCAGACUGGUCCUACAUGGGCCAGAAAAAAGCCAGGGAAGUCCCCAAAUAGGAGUUGCAUCACAGAAGGAGAAAGGAAGAGGGGGAGGGGAUCAAUUUGAUUCCAAGCCAAAGUCCAGGCUGAACAACUCUGUCUUACAGGCCCUACAGAAAGAAAUCAGAUCCUGCAGGGCCCUGGUCUCAUGAGACAGCGCGUUCCACCAGGCCGGAGCCAGUGUUGAAAAGGCCCUGGCUCUGGUUGAGGCUAAUCUGACUUCUCUCCCCUCCUGCACUUCCAGCAUGUGGCAUUCAGAGGCAUACCGCCUCCUUCAGGGAAGGCAGAACAAAGCUGUCUUGGCUCAUAGCCAUCGAUAGCCCUCUGCUACACAGAUUCUGUCAAGAGUUUGGGUGAAACUUUUGCAGGUUGCAGCCACAGCAAAGGUGGCAUUUUCCAUCUCCGCCAUAUUAAGCAGUUGGUCCCUUACCUUUCUCGCCCUGAUCUGGCCACAGUGAUCCAUGUGACGGUCACCUCCAGGCUUGAUUAUUGUAACUCGCUCUAUGCGGGGCUACCCUUGAAGCUGACUCCAGCGAGUGCAGAAUGCCGCGGCGAGGCUCCUUACAGGGUCCUUGCCAUGGGAAUCCAUCCAUCCAGUGCUUUACCAGCUGCACUGGCACCCGGUGGAGUACAGGGUCAGGUUUAAGGUGCUGGUUUUGACCUUUAAAGCUCUAUGCAGCUUAGGACCCUCGUACCUACAGGACUACCUCUCCUGGUAUGCCCCGCGGAGAACCUUAAGGUCCAUAAAUAACACUUUGGAGGUCCCGAGUCUCAGGGAGGUUAGAUUGGUUUCAACUAGGACCAGGGCCCUUUCAGCAGUGGCCCCGACUUGGUGGAACGCUCUGUCACAAGAGACUAGGGCCCUGCAGGAUUUGACAUCUUUCUGCAGGGCCUGCAAGACGCAGCUGUUCUGCCUGGCCUUCGGCUUGGACUCACUUUGACCCCUUAUAUAGGAUUUGGUAUAUAAAUUUUCCCUUGCCUUUUUUGCUGGCCCAUGUAGGAACAGCAUGGAUAGCUGGCUCGGGUGAAUAUCUGAUGUUUCCUCCCUUGAUGGUCUUGAUUUAUGAGUUACUACUAAAAUGAGGCUGCAUUUUAAGCUGUAUUUUAAGCCAUAUUUUAAUUGUUUGUUUGUUUGUUUGUUGUUUUUCCCCCAUUACAUUUUAUUGUGAUUUAUAUUUGGUGUUAGCCGCCCUGAGCCCGGCUCUGGGUGGGGAGCGUGGGGUAUAAAUAAAAUGUUAUUAUUAUUUUUACUAUUAUUAUUAUUAUUAUUAGUCUCAUCGUCCUUUAAAUCCAUCCAAAUUGUUGACCAUCACUGCCUCAUGUUGUUUCCCAUGAGCUCAGAUAAUAGUAGAAAGGGGAAAUGUGCUUUUAAAGCAAGGUGUGAGGCGGAUGGAAGCGGACUUCAUAUUUUCCUGUGCACUUUGAUUGCCGGUGUGUCGGGUUGCCACCUUCGUUCUGGCAAAAUACAGGCCAGGACUUAAGGGUAAAAAUGCACUGGGUGAGGCUGUAAAUUUGUCUUCUCUGCUGCUAUUUAUGUACACGUACAAAUGGUGGUAACUUUUCUCUGCAACCAUGACAUCAUUUUAAGCAUUACUUUUUAACUUUAUUAUAUCAGAUUCCGCUAGAUGUAUUUCUAAGCCAUAGUGUGGGUUUUCUGGAAAACUGGGAAAUGUUUGUAAGUUGGCAUUGGAAAAUUUUAUGAUGCCUAGAUUGUGAUCUAAUUUAACAUAUUUAUUUUAAUCGUAUUUAACAAACAAAGCUAAAAACUUUGAAACUGCCAGGCUUGCCAUAUUCACAACUGGCAUUCAUUUAUUAUUACUAAUGACCUUAUGAAACUGAAAGAUAUCCAUAGAAAAAAUUUGAACUGGAAAAAUUUCCACCUCCCAUCACUGUUUCUAAGCAAGGUCCCUGUUCUGCUUAUGUCCAGAACAAGAAUGGAAGAAAUUAAAACGAAUAAACCAAUUUCUUAGGGGCUGAGUAGCUAUCACAAAAAUUGAAUUCUCAACUUCAAAAAUACAACUAGAAGAGUACUCCUUUUUCCUAUAUAGAAGCCACAGGUCUGUAAAAGAUUUAAUAAGGCAUACAAAUAUACCUCCUGAAUAAGUAUAAUUUUCAGAACUUUGAACUCUGUGCCUAUCCACAAAGGGGUUCAAUAUGGUACCUACAUGCGCAACUGGUGUUGAGCCAAUUAAUAGCUACAGUUGGUUAGCAUGCUCUGCUGUUGAAUAGGAACUCGUUACACAACUAUGUGCACCUGAUAAACAUCCUGGAAAAAAUAAUACUGGUGGAAACUCUGGCUAUAAUCCAAAGAACACUCACCUAGGCAUAAGCACUCUGCGACUGACAUCUGAAUAAACAUGCCAGACAAAAGGCAGCAACAUAUUCAAGCAGUGCAGUUAACCUGUAGAAUUUGCUUUCCCAAGAUGUAGUGAUGGCUACCAACUUAGAUGGCUUUGAAAGGGAAUAGACUUAUUCAUGGAGGGUAAGGCUGUCAAUGACUACUAGCCGUCAUGGCUGCAUGCUGUCUCUGGAAUCAGGCGGCAUGCCUCUCUGAACACCAGCUGUCAGGAAACAGCAGUGGGAAAGUGCUAUUGCCCUUCUCUCCUGCCUGUGGGCUUCUGGUUGGGCACUGGAGGAAACUGGAUCCUGGACUAGGGAGGCCUUAGGCCUGAUGUUCUCAGUGUUGCAUGACUUUGAAGAACCAAAAGAUUUUGAAUGGUUGCUAAAAUUAAUGGCCUUAGCUGAGAUGGCAAAACUGACAUGUUUAAUCAGAGAAAAGUCAUUGUUAAUAUUUACUGAAGAUUGGAAACCUCUCAUAGGCUUUGUGUUAAAAAGAAAAAGAAAUGAUGACAUUUUGAUUUGAGGAUUGAAGGUUAUGAUUACUAGAAAGUGGCUUUAUUAGGUGUUAAAACGAGUGAAUCUUUGUAUAUAGUGGUCAGAUGAAGAAUCAGAAGUUCUUUAGCUUCCUAAUUUCUCUCUCAGAUCUUUUUCUAUUCCUUUUUUCUACCUCUUUCCCUUUUUUGCUUUUAGAUUAAUGUUUUAGUUUGGACAAAAAAAUAUAUAUAUUUGAUAAUAAUCUUUGUCUUUUUCUUUAUAAGCCCCAUUAAAAUUUAUUUUAAAAAAAGAACCAGGAGAUUUGAAGUAACCAGGGGUGACAGUGUAGGUCACUUCUUUAUUUUUAGUUAUUAUAUGGAGGUCUUCAUCUGCAGUUUGAAGUGGUACAAAAGUACAAACAGGAAAAUGGAAAGCUGUGUCACUGUACAUGUGGGCUGUCACCCAUGCCCCCUCCUUUGUGCUUUAGGCGGACUAUUUUGACACACAUUUAUGUUUCUCCAUCUUAAAUGAAAAAAUGAAGGUUCCCAGGAUUGUUGGAGGUGGUGUUGGUGAUGUCACUGACGCUACCCAGUAGAUGCCCUGCCCAUCAUGUCCAUAACACAUCUGUGACAAAGGGAGGAAGUGGCUUUCCCCCAAUUCAUCUUCUGAAACACAGCUGAAACCCCCCAAAACUGUUUUGUUACAUUAUUAUAGUGCAAACCAGGACUGAAAACGUGUGGGUGGUAUCAGCUAAGUCAUAUGUAGAGUUGGCCCAUUAAAAUCCAUGGAGUUAGGUUACUUACUGUAAGUCAUUUGAUUUUCAAUGGAUCUACUCUGACUAUACUAACAUUGGAUAUCACCUUGUGUGAAGUUAGUAUUAAACCAGCCCCAGCACUCUUGAAAUCUCUGUCUUCACUCCAAGCAACCUCAACUCAUUAGCUUGGAGUUUGCUUCCUUGAGAACUGCCUAACUACUCUCUUUUAUGGAUGUAGCUUUGUUUUCUUCUGAUGCAGGUCGCAGUUGAAAACGGCUUUGGAGGGGCAUACAGCCAAGAGAAAGCUGAAUGGAUGGUGGAGGCUGUGGAGCAAUACUUUCAAAGCAAUGGUGAGGUACCUAAACAAUAUAAUGUUCUGUUGAACCGGAUAGCAGACUCCAUGGAAGAUAAACCUAUUAUUGUUACUAUUAUACCUGCUCAUAGCUGUUAACAAAACUUCUCAAAGCAAUUUAAGAAAUAUUAAAUUACAGAGCAAUUUAUCAAAGAUAUAAAACCCACAACAAAUAAUAAUAAUAAUAAAAGUCUUCAUCUGUGAACAUCAGGAACAAGACAAAUACUAACCCCACAGGAGACCCACAGACUUUGGGUCUGCCCUGUGUUUGGUACAACAUGGUGGGUGCCUCAGUUUGUGUUGUGGUGGGCAGCUCAAGUCAGGCUGGUCUCAGAGUUACCUAGAAGUAGCAGCCAGAGAGGGGCUUGCAGCAAUGAGCAGAGCUUCCAUCUUGCUCAUUCAGCUAAGUCAGGGUCCUCACUGUCACAGUGAACAUUGGUAGGUCAAGAAACCCCCUCUGAAUGUUCUAAAAUGGAAUGGAGACAAAACAAAUAUGGUAGAACCAUUUUAUUACAAUUCUGAAAAGCUCAGCCAUGUACGGAAGUGUCACUCAGCUAAUCACAACUGUUUUGGAGACCAGGAGAGACAUCUGGUUUAAUAUGUUGUCUGGGCUCACUGUCUUGUGCGUCCAGCUCUGGCAAAAGGGUUAGGUUGAAUGAUUACAUCUGGGGGCUUUGUGGUUCAUUUGGGCAGGGUACUAUCUGAGAGCCUGAAUCCCCACCUUUAUGGUUGGGAUGGAGGAACCUGUGCACCACCCCUCAUCCAAUGUUGUUGGACUUGCAACUCCCAUCAUCCCCAGCCAGCAAGGCCAGUGGUCAAGAAUGAUGGAAACUGCAGUGCAGCAACAUCUGAGAGGGCCAACGGGUCCCCAUACCUGUUUUCUGGCAUCUCUUACAGAGUUCCUGGCCACUUGAAUCACUGAAGUCUUUCCUCUUUUCUACACAGACUUUUAACUCCUUGUCUACCUUCUUCUCUGUAGCUGACUUGGAGCUGGAUGAGAUAGAAGAUUUCCUUGCCGAGUUGAUGAACAAUGAAUUUGACACUAUGAUAGAAGAUGGAAGCUUAGCUCAGGUAUAUGCAAAGCCCUCUCUUCCUUACACCUGCACACACACACACACACACACACACACCCUCUCUGUUGGGAUGGAAGCAUCUAGUCUAGGCUCCAAGGGACUGUAUAGGUCUUUCCCAGGCUGUGUCACAUUUGCUUCCUUCCUGCAAACCUGCACUGGCUGGUUUUCCCACUGAGAAUGGGCAUCAUCUCUUGUCUUAGAUCUCCUGUCUCCCUUUGAGAGUGCAGUGGUAUUUCUUAGGACUUGUUUCUCACAAGCAGCAGGUGAGAAAAACUAGCCUGCACCACUUCAAACUGCAAAUAAGGGCUUAUGUGACUGAAUGUUGCUUGGUGUAAAAAGAAAAAAUUACACUUCCAAAAUUAUCAUGUUGGGGAGAAAGCUACACUCAGAACUUUUCUCCCUUGCAUCUAGUUUUGUACAUCUAGAAUUUUUUUUUUAAGAUAAGAAGGUAAAGGGACCCCUGACCAUUAGGUCCAGUCGUGACCGACUCGGGGGUUGGGGCGCUCAUCUCACUUUAUUGGCCAAGGGAGCCGGCGUUUGUCCGCAGACAGCUUCCGGGUCAUGUGGCCAGCAUGACUAAGCCACUUCUGGCAAACCAGAGCAGCGCACAGAAACGCCAUUUACCUUCCCGCCGGAGCAGUACCUAUUUAUCUACUUGCACUUUGACGUGCUUUCGAACUGCUAGGUUGGCAGGAGCAGGGACCGAGCAACGGGAGCUCACCCCGUUGUGGGGAUUCGAACCGCCGACCUUCUGAUCGGCAAGUCCUAGGCCCUGUGGUUUAACCCACAGUGCCACCCGCGUCCCUAAGGUACAAAGGAGCAGUCAUAUGAGCAAUCCCCUCUUUACAGUCUGAAGCAGAUUGACUUUGUCUGCUGGUUGUGAAGCUUUGGUGUCAGAAAUGAUUCUUCCUGCAACUCCCAGAGCUCCCCAAACCAUUGCUUUCCUCUAGACCAGGGGUCUGCAACCCGCGGCUCCGGAGCUGCAUGUGGCUCUUUUACACCUUUGCCCCGGCUCCGGGGCGGAUACUAGCGAGGGGAGGAGGCGCAUUGUGCGCCCCAACACUCCCCACUGUGGCGGGCGCUGUACUGGCUGUGACGUCGCAUGGGGGCGGUGCGUGCGUUAGUCACGCACCGUCCCGACGUCACCUUCCCGCCCGCCCGCCCGCCUGCUACAUUGUAAGGGGCAUGUACGCUGGUCACUGCAUUGAAAGGGGGCAUGUACGCUGGUCACUGUUUUGAAGGGGAGUGAAGAACACACACACAAAAAAAGGUAACUGGUUAAUUUAACGUUUAUUUCUAUGAGGAGGAGUAAUUCUGAGGGGUCAAACAAAGAAAUAAAAAAAAAAGUGACAAAAAAGUUAUUUUUAUAAUGACGAGUUUUGCGGCUCCCAGUUUUUUUUUCUUCAGAAACGGGUCCAAGUGGCUCUUUUUGUCUUAAAGGUUGCAGACCCCUGCUCUAGACUGAAAUGGGACUCAGCCCCUUCUUCUCUUUCUCCCCAUUCUGUACCUAGCCAGAGCCAGUCUCAGGUGUGCCCACUUUGCCAUGCUUCAGUAUUUGUUGACACCUCAAGUGGGGUUGGCUUAGAUAGUCUAGCAGACUGGUCUGCAAGUCACCAGGGCACGUGGGAGGUCAUGAACGGCUUGAUUUUUCCUUGCUGAUGAUCGGAUGCUUUUAAAAAUCAUAGGGCUGGAAGAAGGCCAGAAAGUCACCAAGUCCAAAUGCAAGGCAGGACAUACCGUGUCAGUGUCCUGCAAAGGAACCGACACAAUCCAUUGCAUGAAGUGUCACAACUGGAGAGCAAAAGCAAGCCAAGGAUGUAAAUCACAAAUAAAGCACCAGGAUUGAUAGCCAACCUGAGCUGAAGCCAUUCGCCCCCAGUCCCCUCAAUAUAAAGGAAAACCUAUAAAAAACCCAAAAUUUGGGGUAGGAAUGUUAGCUUAUUAUAAGGCAGACCCAAAACUGCAGCCAUUGAGAUGAAUUCUGCUAGUUCACAGCAAGCUGAUUUUUUUUAAAAAAAAUGCACUUGAGACUUUGCCUUUACAAAGCCUUUCUGCAAAUACGAGUAGAACUUUUUUAACCCUCAAAUUCUCAGCCCUCAUAUAGAUGCCUUUGAUGCAGUGCAGGAAGCUGAAUUUUGGACCUUGCAGCACAAACGCAUCAAACUAGUUAUUCCUUUUUUUGUGUCUGGAUAGGUUCUUCUGCCCUUAAAGGGUUGCUUUCUUUGUCACACCUUCUGCUCCAGCUGUAUCCAUUUCUCCCUCAUUCGUGUAAUCCAGCCCCAGGACCUAGACGUUUUAACUGCCUCUUUCCUCCCUGAUCUGACUGCCAUUUACCACUGUGGGGCAUUCUUGCACUGUACAUUGAGGCACUGCAGCUACAGAACAGGGAGAAGGAAAAUGUCAGAUGAAGUUGCCUUCCAAAUGCUGCUUCUCACCUUUUGCACUGCAGAGGGUAGUAUAACAGAGAAAAGGCAGGGUUUUUGUCAGUUUUCUGCAAGGCAAGAAAUCCCAUCUUAAAACUGGUAGCUAGAAUGACCACACACACAAAAUUACUCUUGCUUUUUGAGUAGGAUCAGUUUAUCCAGUCAACUGAAAGUUAGCACAGCAUAGCAGCAAACUAGAGCCUUAAACCAGGGAGACUUGCUUAGCUACAGGGUGACCUUAGGUCAAUCACUGCCUCUUGGCCUAGGCAUCCCCAGAAGAUUAAUGUGAGGAUAAAAUUAGGAGGAGGGAGAAACCUCAUAUGUUACUCUGAAUUUCUUGGAGGAAGGGUGGCAUAAAAACAUAACAUCCAUCAUUGUUGAUAUUUCAUCACAUAUCUAAUGUUGAUGGGCCUAAACUACCACGCCUUAAUUACAAAGACAAAUGUGGAACUUAAGAGACUGAAUUUCAGAUUGUUUCUGGUUCUGAAUAGCUACUAAACUGCCAUUGCCUUAAAAGCUAUUUCAACAGAUCUGCCUUCUGGAAAACCAAGACUGGCCUCUUGCCAGAUUUCCAGGCCACGGCACUGGAGGGAUGCUUAUAUCAAGACGCUGCCGUUCAGACACUGCUUCCUAGAAUGCUCUCUGUCUGAAGGUCAGGCACCCAUUUUGGACCAAUUCCUUUGUGGCAUCCUCAUUUAGAAAAAUGGAAGUGUUACCAAAGAAGAGAGAGAAAUGUGUAAAUUACUCAUAAAGCAAUCUCAACCCACCCUGUUGCUUGGCUUGGUGGGAGGUCUAGCUUCCUAAGCCGCAAAAAAAUUGGCAGACACUUCUCCCAGCGAGAAAAGUCGGGAGGAGCUUUUAAGGCAAUGUCUCUUUUUUCAUUAGGACGGGUGCAUGUCAAGGCCUUGUGACUUGCAAACUGUAGCAUUUUGGCCCCAGAGCCACUUCUGACCCUGGCUCAGCCCUCUUCAAGCGUGCAUGCAGAUGGAAAGAACUCUCCCCAAUAUAAAUGGCAUUCUUUUUCCUGUAUCUUGUGGCUAUUUUUAUUAGUAUGAACAGAAGUAUAAUGAGAUGGCUGCCAACUUCAGCAGUAAACAUGCAGAUACGUUGAGAACAGGAACCUUUGGCUUCCGUUCUCUGCUCUAGGAGCUCCGUGUGUGGUCUGAUGGAAGAUGCUGUUCUAGUGCCAACUCUGGAGGAGGGCAUUGCUGCAGCGGCUAGCCCUGUGGAAGUUCUUGCUCUGCUCGCUGAAAGAGACUUGACCCUCUUCCCGCACUGUAGGUAAGCCAGCAAUUGCGCCUGUUCUUUGGUCAGUGCCAGCAGGGAGAGGGAGCCGCAGUGCACGAAGCCAUUGUCCGGCUGGCUCAGAAGAAGCAAGAGGCAAAGGUGGCAGCUGCAAAAUCAAAGCCAACGGAGGAAAGCAGCAGUGAGGAGGAACAGGGGACGGAGGAAGAGGUAUGACAAAUAAAUUGCACUGAAAAUGAAAACAGCCAGCCAGCCUGUCACUUGUUUUGCAUAACCUCUAAUCUGCUGGCUUUAUUCAGAACCAGAUUUCAAGUUUCUUCAUAACUCAGUAGGCUGACACAAGGAUGGAGGGAAGAGGAGGGAAACAUGGCUGAAUGCCAUGAAGGAAGGAGAAAUAACAGUUACGGUGCAUAACCAAGGUCCAGAUGACUGGAGCCAUUUGCUCCAGUCUAAACUUGUCAGAUGAUGAGGUUAAGGAACUGGCUAUUUAAUUCAGCAGAUUUAGACCGCAGUUGGUUGGUGAGAACCAUGGCUCCUUGGACUUGCCCAGAGACAGGUUUCUGUUCCUUUGUAAAUCCUACGGACUACUGCAUUUUUCAAACAGUGAAGGCUACAAGCUGGGUUUUUGGCCCAGAAUGUUAAAAACAGAAAUGUGAACCAGAAAACAGCAAUUAAAUCCAGUCACCGAUAACAUUGUCUCAUUUUCUCCCCUACCCAGGCUAUGGACUGCAGUGCUGCUCCCAGCAUGAAUGGAGCCCAGCCCAGCCCACCACCUUCCUCCGGUGCUGAUCCUGAAGAUGGCUGGACCUUGGUGAGGAAGAAAAAGAAAUGAAGAACAAGGGGCAGGCACCACGACUGCAGGAGUUCUGGUUGAGCUGGUGCGGCAGGGACAUGGCUGGGGAAAUGGGAUUGUGUGAUUCCCCUCACCCCCAGCUGCAAGAGACUAAUAUUUAUUUUUAAAGCAUCAAAAGGAGCAACUUGGAUGACAGAGAUGUUUUUGGUCUCUGCGUGUGAGGCUUCUGCACAGGCCUAAGUAUAUUGUGCAGACACAGCUGCUUGGUCCCUCUGCUCCUCACUUGGUAAAGGCUCUCCUGCGCUGAAGGGGAUACAGGUUCAGGGCCAAAGGGCUGAGGAUCCUUGAAGGGAUUUUCUUUUCAAUGCACAGGAGGCCAUCUUCCACCUCUGCCACCUCCUUGUGCUUAAAAACGACUGUUUUAGCAGCAGGGUGGGUUCUUUUGCAAGGAAAUAUCUUCUUCCAUGGCAAGACACUGAUUUCAACAUUUCCAUUGCCUCCUCUUCAACUCCCAGAAGACUAAAUCAGGCCCAUAUCUUUUCCCCCAACCCCAUCCCGAAGGGAAAGAUUGCGUUCUAGACAUUAUUGAAACAGACAGAUAAGCGUAACAGAAAAACAAAAUUCUGUAUUUAAAAAAAAAAGACGACAAUGGAAAACCAAAUACAAUAAUGAAACUAGAAAGUAACAUGGACAAUACACAAAUCCUUGGUUGUGGGACAGGGCACUUCUCUCAAUAGAAGCCCCCUUCCCUAUCCUCUGUAGUGGCCAGCCACUGUACAUGAGCAACAAUAAAAUAUUAUUUUGGU